AUGAACUUCAAGAACAGGGUGAGUGAGGCGAAAGGCGAAGUAAAGGGACCUAGCCGUCAGCGCCCACUCAAAGAGAAUAAACGUAAGUUUGCAGCUGGUGAUGCCAUAAAGAAGGCGUCUGUAGGGCGCAGGGCGGAUGAGACACAUCCGAAACGUGUUCAGGCCGCGAAUGGCCCUUCCCAACAGCAGAAAGUGCAGGUGGCUACUACCACCAGUUGGGUCAAGGGAGGUAGUUCACUUUCCUUUGCCGAUGUUGUACGAAGGAAGACAGAAAAUGUGGUUAUGAAUAUCCAACCGGAAGAGUCACAUGAGGACAUUGCAGAAGUCGUUCAUGUGGAAAAUGAUGCUGUAGAUCUGAUGCAUGAUAUUCAAGAAGACUCUAUUAACGUUCACAACAUGAACAAUGAGAGCGAAGAUAUUGCUUAUCCCACCAUGCAGCAGGACACUGCUAUUGUUCAAGCCGUCAUCCCACCACUUCCGGAGGAAGAAUUGAUGGAGGUGCCUUCUAUCAAGUACUACGUGCUUGAAAUUGACAGAAUUGUGGAGGAGUCUGUGAAUUUACCGCCUCGUACUAUGGCAACCGCUGCGGAUUACAUGGGAGUCUAUACAUUUUCUGGGCAAGCGGGUAAGCCCCCAACACCUCCCACGGCGACGCAACUUCAACAGCAGUUUUAUCGUCCGGAGACGACAACUGCUAGACCCUUUGGUGGAAUGAGUGGAACCUCUGAAAUAAGUCGAGGCCAACAUUGGGGCUCACAGCCAGGUCACACAGUGGAUUACACAAACGCAAAUUGGUCGCUGCAGGAGCGUGGUCAAAGAAUGUUCCACCAGGGGAUGCAGUACAGCUCUUACGCACCACCACCACCCGUGCAGCAGCAGCAGCCACAGAGGAAUUUCAUGCCACAGACUGUCAACCGAAUGCUACAAAGUGAUUCUGCAGACGCCCCACUGCGCCAUCUCCGUGAGUCUGGAACAUUCAACCGUCAUCCAGGUAAUGGCGGAGGUGUGUGGUGA